AGAAGAUACACAGUUCUUACAAGGCCAACCUUGCAAGGAGACAAUGGACGAAAGGAAGCUUCGAAAGGCCUUCUCUGAUGUUUCCCUCGAGAUAAAACGAAAUAUACGCGAAAAGGAGGAGCAAGAACAAGAAGGAGAAGAGCUAGAAGUGAAGAAAGUGAAAUGUGAUUGUUGUGGUAUAGAAGAAGAAUGUACUGUGCAAUACAUAGACAAAGUUAGAAACUUGUAUUCAGGCAAUUGGGUUUGUGGUCUUUGCGCCGUAGUAAUCACUGAGAGGUUUCGCAAGGAUCCUCUCACAGCCGCGGGGAUACAAGGAGCCUUGGACUGGCACAAAGGGAUUUGUGAUGACUUCAAUUCUACUACAAGAGUUAACCCUAAACUUGAUUUCGCAAGAUCGAUGAGAGAUAUCGCUAAACGAAGCAAUCAGAAGAGAAUGUCAUCAGACUUUUCUUUAGGUUCCAAAAUUUCUCGAACAAUCAGUUGUGAUCCAAGACUUGAGCGAUGA